GGCAUGUGGGAUCUUCCCGGACCGGGGCACGAACCCGUGUCCCCUGAAUUGGCAGGCAGACUCUCAACCACUGUGCCACCAGGGAAGCACCCCUAUAUGUCUUUAUAUUUGAAAUUUUUUACAAUAAAAAGUUUUUAAAGAGGGGAGUUGAAUUGACUGGACCCACUUUCUCACUUGUCAAACUGCGUGUCUAGUCUGGUAGGGCUGCUCUGACAGAAUGCUGUACACAGGGUGGCUUAUUAUGAAUGGCUGAGAUUUACUGCCCAUGGUUCUGGAGGCUGGAAGUCCCAGAUCAGGGGCCAGCAGGGCCGGGUUCUAGUGACACCUCCUCCUGGUUCAUGGCUGGCCAUCCUCUCCCUCAGAAGGGGUGAGGGAGCUCUCUGGACCCUCUUUUAUAAGGACAUUAAUCCCAUCCAUGGGGGCUCCGGCCUCACAAUCUAAGCACCUCCCAAAGCCCACCUUCUAGUGCUAUCACCCUGGGCAUUAGGGUUUCAAUAUAUGAGUGUGGGGUGGACACAAACAUUCAGACCACGGCAGGGGGUCGGGGGAGGGGCAGCUGAGGCCCAGUCCAGCCCUGGGGCUCUGGGCAGGAACCACCUUGCCUGGGGCUGGGGUUCGGCAGGCCUUGUGGAGUCCAGGACUCUGGAAGGAAAUUGCUUUUGGCUCCACCCUCAUCUCGGUGACACCAGUGACCCUCAGGGCAAGACAUAUGUUUGUCUCUGUGACUAAAGGGAGGGGGAGCGGGUAGAAGGGCCUGCUGUGCUGGUCAAGUGAGUCCUGGACUGAGGCAGAGGUCAGGUCACAGCUCUUUGGAAACCGGCUCCUCGCAGCAGCACGGGCAGCAGGCUGACAAGGCGAGGGCCAGUCACCCUGCGUGCAGGGCGGCGCUGGACGCUUUCAUCCCGGUUUACCCCUUUUAAAGCGCCAGGGUUGGGAGACCACCCCACUCCUUAACCCGCUCAACAGAGUCCGCUCCAAGUUCGCAAUUAAGAGCUAUGGAAUCCCUGACAGCUCCGCCCCUUCUGGGGUCUGAACAGGCGCUAUUGCAUCUUCCCAUCCCGAGGGCUAUGCAAGUAGGACCCGGGUUACCCCCUCGCCCUGGCUCGGUGUUUCUCUCGCCUUCCCUACUCUGAGAAAGUCCCGUCCCUGUAGCUAAAGGACUGUGAAGUCCCCGGGGUCCUUCACCUCCUCUACCCCCUGUCCCGGCCGCGAGACAGCCUGGCGGGUUGGCCCUGAGGGCGGGUCCUCGCCCCAAAGGCAGCGGCUGGCGCGGUCCUGGGGGACCUGCGUGCAUCCCGCCCCACGGUCUCCCGAAUCCUGGGGCCACACCAGCCUUCCCACAGCCGAGGCCACGCUGCCAGCGUGGUGGUGUCCCCGACUGCCCCAACCUCCGACAGGCCGACCGGCGACCCCCUAUAGCUCGCGGAGCGGCUGGGCUCCGGAACGUGGUGACUGUCGUCCUCCGCGGUCUCCGCAGCCCAAGGGGCGUGGACGCGGGCGGGGCCGGCAGCGGCGCUUUAAGAGGCUGCGCCCGGGGAGGCCGGCCCCACAGCGACCCGAGCGAUGGACAUGGCCCGGGACUGCGCCGGAGCCCUCCUCAGGCCCCUGACGUUUAUGGGGUCGCAGACGAAGAAGGUGCUGCUCACACCCCUCAUGCGUCCCGCUCGCCCCUUCCGGGUCUCCAACCAUGACAGGAGCAGCCGCCGAGGGGUGACCGCCAGCAGCCUGCAGGAGCUCCUCACCAAGACCCUGGAUGCCCUGGUUAUUGCCAGCGGACUGGUCACGUUGGUGUUGGAGGAGGACGGCACCGUGGUGGACACGGAGGCGUUCUUCCAGACCCUGGGGGACAACACGCACCUCUUGGUCCUGGAGAAGGGACAGAAGUGGACACCGGGUGCUACCUACAUCCCAGCCCGCCAGCCGCCAAAGAGACAGGGGAUCGCGAGAGUAACCUUCGACUUGUACAAGCUGAACCCCAAGGAUGUCAUCGGCUGCCUCAACGUGAAAGCCACUGUGUACGAGAUGUACUCGGUGUCCUACGACAUCCAUUGCCCGGGGCUCAAGGCCCUGCUGAGGAGCCUGCUGUUGUUCCUGUCUCACACCGCCCAAAUGACCGGUCAGUGUCUCGUCCACACGGGCACCUACAUGCUCCGAGUGCUGGCUGACACAGAGGAGCAGGCGGUGCCCAGCCCGCGCCCUCGCCGGGGGAUCACGAGUGGAUAGGGGUGCACAGUGCGGAGUCUCCGCUGACCUCAACCCCGCAGGUCCCUCUCCAGGGACGCAUUCGGAAGACGCUGUGUUCCCACCACGUGUCCCCUGCUCAGGAAAGAAAAGGGGCCUGAGGGCACUGCCAGGGGCCAGGCGGUGGAGGCCCCCUGGGUGGGGAUGGGGUGGGGGGAUGCGGGCAGCAUGAGGCCUGCGGCUCCACAAUAAACCAGUCAAGAGAGUCGCUGUGAUACCGCA